GUGGGAGCAGGGCCCCCGUCUUCUGGCCCUAACCUUGAAAUAAGCUGAGCCGGCUUCAGUCGCCCACUGGAGUCGCACGGGGGAAGUCCGGGUGGUGAGGCACCGCGGUGUCUCCUCCCGUUUCUCGGCAGCCGGGCCGAGAGUGGCAGGAGGUGCCUACAGCCGGGGGGCUCAGAGCCGAGCCCUGUGCCCCACCCAGGCUGCGGCCGCGGGGGAGGAAGCGCGUAUAAGUUGAGUGCAAAGUUUCCUUUUUUGUUUUCUCGUUAGUGCCGCCCCAGAGGCGGUGAGCGGGAAUGCCUAACCUGAGUUUGUAGAGCGUCUGGAGCUAGAGGGGUUAAAACACUUCCCACCUCCCCAAAACGCUCACCCCGCUAGCCCGCCAUGGGCAGCCGCGACCACCUGUUCAAAGUGCUGGUGGUGGGGGACGCCGCAGUGGGCAAGACGUCGCUGGUUCAGAGAUAUUCCCAGGACAGCUUCAGUAAACACUACAAGUCUACGGUAGGAGUGGAUUUUGCUCUGAAGGUUCUCCAGUGGUCCGACUCAGAGAUGGUGCGGCUCCAGCUGUGGGAUAUUGCAGGACAGGAGCGCUUCACCUCUAUGACACGACUUUACUAUCGGGACGCCUCUGCUUGUGUUAUUAUGUUUGAUGUUACUAAUAGCACUACGUUUAGCAACAGCCAGAGAUGGAAACAGGACCUGGACAGCAAGCUCACACUGCCCAGUGGUGAGCCCGUGCCCUGCCUGCUCUUGGCCAACAAGUGUGAUCUGUCCCCUUGGGCAGUGAGCCGGGACCAGAUUGACCGGUUUAGUAAAGAGAAUGGUUUCAUAGGUUGGACAGAAACAUCAGUCAAGGAGAACAAAAACAUUAAUGAGGCCAUGAGAGUCCUCAUUGAAAAGAUGAUGAGCAAUUCCAGAGAAGAUAUCAUUUCUUUGUCCACCCAAGGGGACUAUAUCAAUCUGAAAAACAAAUCCUCCUCCAGCUGGUCCUGUUGUUAGGAGUGUUUGGCUUGUUUUUCAUCCCAGUUUGAGGAGGUCUUUCCAGCUCUUCCCUUUGGAUGCCCACCCAGCAGUUUUAUUUGGUACAUUUGAACAUGCCUCAAAACCAUCAGUUGGCUUAUAGCAGCUGUCCAGUAAGGAGGCCCAUCAUCAUUUUAUGAAGACACCUGGGACCCGUGUGUAUUUCUGCAUCUCCUGAAAUUAUCUCAGCCCUGCUGCUGACUCACAUGGCUGAGUUAGUGCCUUCUGAUUAAGGAGGAUCACCUCAUCCCCAAUUGGUUAUCUGGAAUUUUGUGGGAGGGAUUAGAAAUCAGCAUCUGUGUUUUAAAGAUCGUAAUGCUCAGCUGCUUUUGACCUGAUUUUUCCAUUUGAUGGAUGUUAAUAUCAUGACAUCAGAUGGAGGGUGUGGGUGGAGAUCAAGUGUCAUUUCCCAAAUUCUAGGUCAUUGCUUUCAGAUUCUUUCUGUCUUGGAUUUUGAAUUUAAAUAUCUGAUUCCAGGAUGCAGAAGGAGGAGGCUAGACAUCUGUGGGUUUGGGGCUACUGGAGGUGGCCCGGAAGUCACUGUGUUUUUGAAGCUUCUAGAGUCAUAAUUAGCUUCCUCUUGUCUUGGCUUCAAGAAUAGUCAAGCUUUUAAACUACCUAUGUUGUAUGAUGAGAGCAUUUCUUUCCACAAAGAAAUUAACCCUGCCAGUGGUGUGGGGCAGGGUUUGCAGGUUUCUGGGUUGGUGUGCUUAAUACAUAGUGCUGCAAGUGACAUCACCUGGCUGUGGCGCUCUGGAAUAGAUCUGUAGGCGGCUCUGGGAAUUGAAAGGAAGAGGAAGAGGGAGGGGUUAACAGAACUGAUUCCUUGCUUAUGAGCCAUUUGGGCGGUUAGUACUUAACAGCCAUAAGAAACAAAUAUUACGUACGAUCCUAGCCGGGGGGUGGAGAGUGGAUAGAUAGAAAAUCAUCAGGUAAUUUAAGUGCUAAAUUGAGCAGGGUUUUCAGUAUCAAAUCACUUCCAGUCAGUUUAAUUUGGUAAAUUCUCUAUAGGAUGGUGAUUUAUACCCUACCCAGAGUUAUGAACAUUCUUAGUGAACUCAGAGGCCUAAGGUUCUUUGAUAGGCCUUAGAUAAGUGUCCUAAGUCAGUGGUUCCCAAAUCUAGCUGAUCAGAACCACCAGGGAAGUUUGUAAAAUACAUAAAUAAAUACAAUUGUUUAAAUAAAAUAUUUUAAGAUGUCUGGGUCUCAGCUACAAACCUAUGGAAUCAAAAUUGCCAGGGGUGAAACCCAGGAGUUUGUUUUGUUUCACAGCUCCCCAAGUGGUUUUGGUCAGCCUGGCUUGUAAACCAUUGCUGGGGAACUGAAAUGAGCCUGGGCCUCUGUAUUCUCUGUUAAUUCUCCAGGUGCUUCUGAUACACACCAGACUUUGAAACCCACUGUCCUGAAAGACAAAUCAGAGACCAAACAUCAGAAGGAGAAUGGGAACCAAGCUUCCAUGUUGGGUUUUUAAAAAAUGCCAUUUAUUACUACUUUUGCACAGUCUUUUUGAGACCUUAAAGUUCUUUUUCAUAUUACUAUUUUCAGGUAGGGUUUUGAUUGCGAUGAUUUUGAAGAUACUAGUAACAAAUUCCCUUUAAUGUAGGAGAAAAUUGAUUUUUUAUUCACUGGUUUGAACCCCUGCAAAAUCACAAAUAAAUGGGAAGCAAGUCUUGUGUUUGUGCUAGUUAUGGGCAUUUAAUAUCAGUUUGUGGAAGUGCAUUUUAUACUGAUAGUUCAAGAGUAUCGUGGAAACAGAGCUUAAAAAAAUAACCUUCUUCAAGAAUGAAGUAAGUAUCAUCCUGUUUAUCUGUUAAUUUACCAGUACCAGUUGCCUUGUACUAAUUCGCUACUUGAUGUAACAUCCCAGAUACUGCUUAGAAAUGUGACCAUUUUAAUAAAUUAAAUUUGCUUUCUGUUCCCAUUUGCUGACUCAGGAUUUUUACCUGUCUUUUCAAGCAUUGCUGGAGGCUGGCUGUCAGCUUGUCUGGCUUUUCUCUCCCAGUUGGUGAACAUUACGGGCCUGAAACUAAUUAAAGAAGGAAUUGAAAUAUAACUAAUUCCUCUCUAUCGCCCUAUCCAUAAAGAAAAGAGAAAGCAAUUAAGAUAAGGAAGAAAAGAAAUCUUUACAUGAUUAGAAAUGUGAUUAUACUAAAAAUAAUUAGGCCCUAUCAUUUGGGUGCUACCUCUUAGGUAAAAUUGUUUGGAACAUGGAUAUUGUUGUAACCCUUCCCUAGAGAAGUUUUCAUAUUUUAGACAAAGUGCGCCUCCAACCACUCAGCUGGUCUCUGGCCAAAAAGAAAACAUGUAUUCCCAGCAGAGUGUUCUGAGAGACCCAAGGAAGGGCUGUGAACAGAGCUGUGGGGUUGUGACUGCCAUGGCUUCUACUUAGAACAGAAUUGCUGAGUGACCAAGCAGGGAAAAAGAGAGAGAGAUGCAGGGAAGGCCCCUAAGCAGUAAGUAAUGGGCCAAAAUUAUUCCAAGAUGAUUUCCCUAAUACACUUCCCUAGCUAUUGCUAAGGUGUGAUUGGGUUCUUCAUUGUGUGUGUGUGUGCAUAUGUGGUAAAAAUAUAUAUAACAAAACAUUUGCCAGUUCAGCAAUUUGUACAUGAAUGAUUCAGUGGCACUGAUAACCAUUACCACUGUGCUUUUCCAAAUUAUU